AUGUUCACCUGGGCAAAUCUCCGUCAAAUGGUGCCCUUUCUUUCGCAGAGUCGCACUCUGCCCGAUCUCCUCACUGUUGACGCCAAAGCCCUCGCCUCCGGAUUGACGAAUGGGCACUUCACCAGUGUUGAUCUGGUAGAGAAGAGCCUUGAGAUGAUCCAGAAGCAUGAUCAGUACCUUCAUGCAAUGUUGAGUAUGGUGCCUAAAGAUCAGCUGCGACAGAGAGCGGAGGCGCUUGAUAAGGAGCGAAAGGAUGGCAAGGUCCGGGGACGUUUGCAUGGGAUCCCCAUUGUAAUCAAGGACAACAUCGCAACGGUUCCUGAGCUCGGAAUGGAGACGACUUGCGGUUCGUGGGCGCUGCAUGGCAUGACUCCAACCUCGAAUGCCGAUCUCGUCGACAAGCUCAUCCAAGCUGGGCUCAUCAUCAUCGGCAAAGCGAAUCUGAGUGAAUGGGCAUACUACCGAAGCAACGACCUCCCAAGCGGUUGGUCCGGCAAAGGCGGCCAGUGCCAAUCCGCCUACGUUCGCGGCGGCAUCGAUCCUGAUGACAGCAAUAACGGCCACAGCAACCCGUCCGGCUCUUCUACCGGCUCAGCAGUCGCCGUCUCAGCAGGCUACGCCCCCCUGUCUAUCGGUACCGAAACAGACGGGUCCCUUGUAUCGCCCGCGUCCCGCGCAGCUUUGUACACUAUCAAACCGUCAAUCGGACGAGUAUCUCAAUCUGGGAUCAUCCCAAUCAGCCAUACCAUGGACUCGGCUGGACCCAUGGCCAAGACACCAUCCGACCUCGCCGCUUUGCUGGAUGUCAUCUCUGGUACUGAUGAGUUUGCGACUCUGGGAGGAUCCUGGGAUGAGUUGUCGGUCGCGACGAUCGACUUCAAGAAGUGGUGGCCGGGGGAGGAUUACCUCAAGCCUGUUGAGAGUGCGACAAAGCAGAUGCACGCCGAGAUCCAAGCUGCGUACGACAAGAUGGAGGAGCUAGCCAAGAAGUAUGUCGGCGACGCACCUCUUCCUCCUCCCUCUGAGUCUUUCAUGCUUGACGGGAAGGACAGCGAGGGUGUCAUCAUGAAAGUGGCCGAUUUCAAGCACGACCUCAACAAAUUUCUUGAGUCGGCGCAAAACACCAAGAUCCAUUCCCUAGCGGACCUCAUCGAGUUCAACAAGGCCCAUCCCGAUCUCGAAAUGCCUCCUGGCUAUGAUGACCAAGGACUCUUGAUUGACGCCGAAGAAGCGGAUCUCUCCCCCGAAGACUAUGAAAAGAACCUCUCUCACCUGCGAAAGGUUGCGCGCGACGAUGGCUUGGAUCACAUCUUCAAGGAAUACGGUGUCGAUGUCAUUGUUGGAUCAAGCGACACUGCUAUCAAGGCGUAUGCGAGUGGAAGCGGAUACCCCGUCGGAAAUGUUCCUCUCGGAUACCUAAACUUCAACGGUCGCCCUUUUGGACUCGCUGUCCUCGCGGCCAAGAACCAGGAAGCCAACAUCCUCAAGUUCAUGAAUGCAUGGGAGGGUACUUUCGGUCCGAGAAAGGCUCCGCCGCUGCUUCAGUGA